GUGCAUUGCACUGCUAUAUAUUUUGGAGUGAACUUUUGCUUAUAAAAGUAGGUGGUAAGUUCUCGUUCGCAAACCUCUCCUUCACAAGAGCACUAAUCUGCCUUGCUCCGCUGUGAACUGUGUCUACUCUGAGUUCGACCACAAUGCGGAUUUUAAUACUUCUUGUCGUCUUCAUGAUGACUCAGGAUGUGUCUGCACAAGGAUCUGCAGUUGGCAGAAAAUGUGAGAACGAUUGGGCAAGAUUUGGGAAAACCUGCUAUAAACACAUUGCUGAAAAAAAAACCUGGGCUGAGGCAGAGGAAUACUGCAUUUCCUUAGGAGGAAACCUUGCGGCUAUCCACAGUGCUCAAACACAAGAUUUUCUCAAGAAGUUAGGCAGAAGCAAAGAUGGCACAUACUUACGAACAUGGAUAGGCGCUCAUGAUGCCACUCAGGAUUUUACUUGGUUUUGGAGUGACGGGUCUAAAUUUGAUUACAAAGCGUGGCACUCUGGUGAGCCAAACAACAAAGAACGGGCUGAGAAAUGUGCGGAAAUGAACUUCGGAGCUGAAGUCCUCUGGAAUGAUGCCCGCUGUAGUACCAAGCUAAACUUCGUGUGUCAAACAGGAGCAAAGCUUAGUUUUUCCUCAUCUGAAGAUUAACAUGGUUCUGUCAUUGCUCUGUCAGCAACACCAUGAUCUCAAUAUAUUGAUACUGUUUGCUCUGGUUUUCAGCUGUAACCAGUGAAUGCACUAAAAAAGUGUUUCCAUGAGUUGGAUUUGUGAUGAUUUUUUGGAAUUGUUCAUUAAACCUAAAACAGUGUUGAUUGAAAAUAAACUCCAGCCAUGAUAAACUA